AGGAUGAUGUGUACACAUUGAAAAACCUUGCUCACAUAACUAAGAGCAAAUGCACAGUAAACGGACAUGGGGAGAAGCCCUUUAUUUGUCUGGACAUGUUCCAACUUGAUUGGUAGAUCAUCAUUGCUUAUUCUAGUUAACAUUUUAAAAUCUGAGGGUUACAGAAGCACACCACAUAAUCGUGCUAAAUCAUCUUCUGCAACUCUUGCAGCUGAAGAGUUUUCUUUUUUGUUGUUAACGUACGACAUGAACUUGGUUGGCCCUGUUCUUAUCUGUUCGAUAUCAUUUCAUGCACAGCCUUUGGUCCUGAUAAAAGUAGCAUCAGUGAAGGACACACAUUAAACAUUUACUUGAUGCUUAGUAUGAGUGAGUCCAUUGGCUGCACCAACGUUAUACUUGCAACAUCUGCUUUCAUAUAUUAGGCACAAAGCGUGUAAGGAAGUCAGGACUCCUUGAUACCACGAUGGCCAGGCUGAAUUCAAGGUCUCAACUGGUUGCUGGACUUGCCUUUUGGUUCUCUUUGUGGCUUUGUGCCGAAAGUGGGAAGCUGUUGGUGAUGCCUCAAGAUGGAAGUCACUGGCUGAGCAUGCAAGUGGUAGUGGAGAAGCUUGCGCAAAAAGGUCAUGAGGUUGUGGUUGUGAUGCCAGAAAACACUUUGGUCAUGCAAACGUCUUCUGAGCAUUUCACUGUAAGAACACAUUCCGUGCCUUACACCCAGGAGAAGCUGAAUGAACUUCUGAGUUCGAUGACUGAGCAUGCUCUUAAGAAUCUGAAUUUCCUAGAGAACAUGGUACAGAUGUAUAUAAACAUAUCUCAAGUUACUACCAUGUUUAUUUCUGCUUGUCGGCAUCUUUUAUACGACAAAGAACUCAUCCAGUUCCUCCAGCAGAGCGACUUUGAUGCUGUGUUUUCUGAUCCUGUGCUGCCUUGCGCUCCAAUCCUUGCUGAAUAUCUUUCCUUGCCUAGAGUCUACUUCUUACGUGGACUUCCAUGUCAUUUGGACUUCCAAGCUGCUCAGUGUCCAAGCCCCAUUUCUUACAUCCCAGAGGCUUUUACAAAUAACUCGGAUCAUAUGACAUUUACUGAGCGUGUGAAGAAUGUUUUAAUGUCGAUAUUAGCUUCUUUAUAUUGUUACUCAUAUUAUGGAAAAUACGAACAUCUGGCAACUGAAUUUCUGCAAAGGAAAAUUACACUCUUAGAACUUUUUGGUAAGGCAUCCAUUUGGCUAAUUAGACAAGACUUUGCGUUUGAUUACCCCAGACCGGUGAUGCCCAACAUGGUCUUCAUUGGAGGGAUUAACUGUGCCCAGAAGAAGCCAUUAUCCAAGGAAUUUGAAGCCAUGGUGAACAGUUCUGGCGAACAUGGCAUUGUGGUGUUUUCCUUGGGUUCAAUGGUUUCUGAAAUUCCAAUGAAAAAAGCUAUGGAGAUUGCUGAAGCGUUUGGAACAAUACCUCAGACGGUGCUAUGGAGAUAUACAGGAGAAACACCCCCCAAUCUUGCAAAGAACACAAAGCUUGUGAAGUGGCUACCACAAAAUGAUCUGCUUGCUCAUCCAAAAGCCAGAGCCUUUAUCACUCAUGCUGGCUCCCAUGGGGUCUAUGAGGGAAUCUGCAAUGCAGUACCAAUGGUGCUGAUGCCGCUUUUUGGAGAUCAGAUGGACAAUGCAAAGCGGAUGGAAUCUCGAGGAGCAGGAGUGACUCUGAAUGUAGUGGAAAUGACUUCCAAGGAUUUAUCUGAUGCACUGAAGGCUGUUAUUUAUGAUAAAAAGUAUAAAGAGAACAUCCAGCGUCUCUCAGCUCUCCACCUGGACAGGCCCAUUGAACCUCUUGACCUUGCAGUGCAUUGGGUGGAGUUUGUGAUGAAGCACAAGGGGGCUCCCCACUUGAGGCCGGCAGCACAUGACCUCAACUGGAUCCAGUAUCACUCUAUUGAUGUCAUUGCCUUCCUCCUGGCUGUUGUACUCCUUGCCCUAUUUAUCUCACUGAAGUGCUGCCUGUUUUGCUGCAGAAAGUGUUGCUGUAAAAGUGGAAGGAUGAGCAAGAAAAGCAAAUCAAAAUCACACUGAAAUGGGGUGGGGCAUGUAAGAUGAAGAGGAA